AUGAGUAUUAGCUGAGAAUUGAUUAGAGGUUCUGUUUGAGUAGGUGAAUGUGUCAGUGAGGAGGAGCAAAAUAAGAGAGAAGCAGUCGUUACUAUUGGGACCCAAAAAUGAAUGACAAACCUGACCCACAUACUUAGCCAUGGCCACACCCAUUUCAUUUCUCGCUUUCUUCUGCUCUGGGUUUCCCUUCAUUCGUACCCAAGGUUUACUUGUCUAGCUCACAAAUAUUAGGGUUUAACUGCAUUUUCUUACUUACUCUACCUGCUUGUAGGGUUUGUGAGAUGGUUCUGAUGGAUCGAAAGCUGCAAUUGGUUCUGCUUCUGGUUAUUUGCCGUUCGUGUGUCUCAGAUAAGGUUCCUUCUGAUUUGGUGGAUUCUGGAACUGAAGAAAGUAAAGAACCAUGCCCCAAGGGUUGGAUUCGUGGACCUAAUAAGCGGAAAUGCUUUGCUUAUAUUAGAAGCCCCAAAUCAUGGAAUGAGUCAGAGACCCAUUGUAAAAGUUCUAAUGGACAGUUAGCCACACUUGCUACAUCUCAAGAAAUUACCUUUGCUCAAAACCUAUGUGUUGAAACCAUCAGUGGCUGUUGGAUUGGAGGAAGAGGUGUCAACUCUACCUCUGGUCUUGGUUGGAGUUGGUCUGAUAACAAUUCAUACUGGAAUGUGUCUCUGUUUCCUGGGGAACCCCUUCAAUCCGUAUGCAGUAAUAUGUCAUGUCACACCAAUAGUUCUGUUGAUGUCUGUGUAUUGGUCACUAAUGAAUCUAUAUCACUCUUAUUUGAUACGUGCCACAUGUCUCAUGCUUUUAUAUGCAUGGCUGAUUUAGGAAUCAGAUGUUACCACAUGCAUUGCCACAGAGAAUAUCUCAUCAUCCUUGGAGUUGUAAGUGGGUUAAUCCUCUUCACGACAUUAGCUGUAGUGAUAUGGCUUCUUGCAUACAAGCGGAGUAAGAAGCGCAGACGUUCCCGCAAACUGUCUAAUCCAGCUGCUACUGCAUUAGUCCCUCCAUCAUGGAAAGUGUUCAUGAAAGAGGAACUUCGGUCUAUUACAAAGAAUUUUAGUGAAGGAAACCGUCUUUUGGGAGAUGCCAAGACAGGUGGUACAUAUGCUGGGCUUCUAUCUGAUGGUUCAAGGGUAGCGGUGAAGAGAUUGAAGAAGUCUAGUUUUCAAAGGAAAAAGGAAUUUUAUUCUGAAAUUGGAAGGGUUGCGAAGCUUCAUCAUCCAAAUUUGGUGUCAGUGAAAGGCUGCUGUUAUGAUCAUGGUGACCGCUAUAUAGUUUAUGAGUACAUAGUUAAUGGUCCUUUAGAUAGAUGGCUACACCACAUACCAAGGGGUGGUCGAAGCUUAGAUUGGGUGAUGAGAAUGAAAAUUGCGACAACUCUUGCUCAAGGAAUUGCGUUUCUACAUGACAAGGUUAAGCCCCAUGUUGUGCAUCGGGAUAUCCGUGCUAGUAAUGUACUUCUUGAUGAAGAUUUUGGAGCCCAUCUGAUGGGGGUUGGUCUAUCAAAGUUUGUGCCAUAUGAAGUGAUGCAUGAGAGGACAGUGAUAGCUGGUGGCACGUAUGGAUACCUGGCUCCAGAGUUUGUGUACAGAAAUGAGCUUACAACAAAGAGUGACGUUUAUAGUUUUGGCGUGCUACUGCUUGAAAUUGUGAGCGGACGUAGGCCUGCCCAGGCUGUUGAUUCAGUCGGUUGGCAGAGUAUUUUCGAGUGGGCAACACCCCUUGUCCAAGCUCAUCGAUACCCAGAUCUCCUGGAUCCGCACAUAACUGCUUUUUCGUCUGAUAUUCCAGAGGCCAGUGUGAUUCAGAAGGUGGUGGACCUUGUUUAUGCUUGUACACAGCAUGUGCCAUCAAUGCGCCCCAGAAUGUCUCAUGUUGUUCAUCAACUUCAACAAUUAGCCCAGACACCCAUUCUAAAGUAGUUUUAAGUUGAGAAUUUAAUGCUUUGUUCGAGAAAAUGAUAACUCCCCAGUUGUUCAAUGCCACAUAUGACCAACUCGUAAGCACUAACUAGUUUUUAAUUAUUUUUUUUUGAAUAAACUAGUUCUUGUUGUAGGAGAGAAAAUAACGAUAAUAACGGUCUACUUAUUUAUUGAUAGAAAUACAUAUUUAUAGGUA